GAGGCCCUUAGGAGAGGCGUCCCGGGCGGCAGGCAGAUGGCAGCACAGAGGCUCGCCGGGACGCCUCGCCGCUUGCAGAAGCGCUCGAGCGCCCGCGCCGCCACCUGCAGCCGUCGCCCGCCCGCCUCCAUGACCAUCGGCGCUCUCCGCCCGGGGGGCGCCCCCCGCCGCCAACUGCCGUGCCUCGCCAAGAUGGAGCGCGUCGUGGUUGGCAUGCAAGACCCGGAUCUGGGCGUCGUGUUGCGGAAUCAGCGGCUGCUACUCAGCAUCAUCCCGCACGCCGUGACCGGUGGGUGCUCCUCGGCUCCCCGGACCAAGACCGCAGUAAGGCCCGCCCGAGGCGCUGCCUCCCGGCCUCUAGCCGCCGCCUCGGGUCGGCGUUCGCUAAGGAAUGACAUUGUGGAGUGGCUCAUCCAGAAAUACAACAUCUUGGAGGAAGAAUCUUUGCAUCUGGGAAACCUGCUUGUGAAACAUGGCUACAUCUAUUCUCUGAAGGAUCCUCAUACUCUGGUCUUGCGAAGGGAUGACACUCCCUACAGGUUCCAGACCCCCUAUUUCUGGAUGAGCACCCAGUGGCUGGCCACCGACCUUGAUUAUGCCAUCUAUUUGGCAAAGAGGAAUAUUCGUAAGCAAGGUGAACUCCAUGAGCUUGAGAAGGAGGAUUAUAAGCAACUGUGCAAGAGGAUCAAUCACAUUUGGGACUUCGUGGUGAUGCAGGCUCGGGAGCAGCUCCAGGCAGCUAAACAGCGGAGGAGGGCUGACCGGAUUGUCAUUGAGUGCCAAGAACAAGCCUAUUGGCUUGUCAACAGGCCCUUGGGGGGAGUCUUGGAUGUGAGAGGUGAGGGGCUAGAGCUAAGGAGCCACUCCCUCACGCCUAUACAGCUGAAGAGCAUGGACUACUACAAACAGGAGAUCCGUUAUUACUGUGCUGCCCUGAGUAGGAUGCGCGUCAAGUCCUCCCUUUGCCUGCAAGGAUAUCUCAAGUUCAAUGAGCAGUAUAUAUCCCACGACCCCAUCAUCUCUGGCUGCCUCCCAAGCAAUCCAUGGAUCACUGAUGACAUCACAUACUGGGCCAUGAAUGCUCCCCGGGUCACAGUUCCCACCAAGCUGCGGGUGGAGCGCUGGAGCUUCGGCUUCAGUGAGCUGAUGGGCGACAUCUUGGGCCGAGAGCAACUCCUGGAGUUCCUCAAGACAGAGUUCAGUGCCGAGAACCUGAUGUUUUGGGAGGCUUGUGAAGAGUUACGCCUGGGUGAAGAGGCCCACAUUGCAGAAGCUGUGGACUCCAUCUACCAGGAGUUUCUAGCGCCCAGUGCCACCCGCUGGGUGAAUCUUGACAGCAAGACUAUGGAGCACACCUUGAAGGGCAUCAAGACCCCCCACCGCUACGUAAUGGACGAUGCCGAGAUGCACAUCUACAUGCUGAUGAAAAAGCAGGACUCCUACCCACGCUUUUUGAAGUCAGAGCUUUACAAGAAGCUGCUUGCUGAGGCCCUUGUGCCACCAGAAACCAAGAAGCGGGCAUUCCCAUUCAUGAGGAAGCAGCUGCGACACUCCAGCACAAGCCUUGCCUGUCCACUCGCUCCUGGAGCCCAUGAAGUGAGGCCUGAGGAAGAGAGCCAGGUGGGGCCCCAAGAGCGAGGCUAAGGGGAACUCCCCCUCCCCCAAAACACUUGUUCCCUGGAUGCUUCAGGCCUCUUGCCCCCACCCCAGCAGGCAUCAAGAUGUAGACCUCUCUCUUACUCACCUGGACAAAAGACUACUGCUGGUUACACCCCCUCCCCCCUUUUUUUCUCUUUCUUUUUCUUUCUGGCUUAAUCUUUAGUGCAGCCAAGCCUCCACCCUCUUUGAGCAAGGCUGGCAGCAUUCCUGCCUCUCAGUGCAUGGAACAUCCCACCCACAAUAAAGUGCCCUUGUUGA